AUUAUGUAACAUAAGUUACAUAAGCAAUAAAAAAUCCCUGUCUAAGUACAUAUUUACGUAGCUUCUUAUAAUAGAUGAUUGUUUGAACUGCGGCCAGUCGGUUUGAUUCGCGCGGAUGAAUGGUACUGUGUUAGUCGCCGGGAAGUGGUUGUAAAGGAUUUUUUAAUUAAUAAAACAUGUUGUGGUAUUGCAUAGGAGUGGUUAUUCUAUCAAUAUGUUCCGAGUGUGCAAAUAUCUUGUACGUUGUGCCGUUUACAUCGAGAUCUCAUUAUAUUAUGUUGAAGCCAAUUGGUUUGGAACUCGCUAAAAGAGGCCACAAUGUAACCGUGAUCACUGGACAUAAAACAGACGUAAACCUCACUAAUUACCAUCAGGUAAUGGUGGAUGACAAGGAAAUCUGGGAAUUAACAGGGAUGAAACGUCCAAACGUAUUUACCAUGGUGGAUAUCUCGGCAGAAGAAUUCCACGAUAUCAUCUUAUGGCGUGGAGGGUUGGGUCACACAGAAGUGACUUUACAGUCGCCUCAAGUGAAGCAUUUCUUGGCAAAUGACAACAAAUUCGACCUGGUGAUAAGCGAGCAGUUCUUCCAGGAAGCUAUGUUCACGUUAGCUCAUAAGUACAACGCUCCUCUAGUGCUCAUCACAACAUAUGGAAACUGCAUGAGGCACAAUAUUGUAUCACGAAAUCCCUUGCAGCUGGCGACUGUCGUAUCAGAAUUCUUGGAUGUUAAAGACCCGACCAGCUUCUGGGGGAGACUCAGGAACUUAUACUUCACAGUUUAUGAGUAUGUGUGGUGGAAGUACUGGUAUUUGGAGAAGCAGGAGGAAUUUGUGAGGAAGUACUUGCCUAACUUACCCCAACCAGUGCCAAGUUUGUAUGAGCUGCAGAGAAAUGCUGCGUUGAUCUUGAUUAACAGUCACUUCAGUUUUGACGGCCCGGUUGCUUACCUUCCGAAUAUUGUGGAGGUUGGUGGUUUACAUCUGACACGCAGUACAAGCAAGUUACCUCAGGAUCUACAAAAACUCCUGGACGAAUCAAAGCAUGGGGUUGUAUACGUGAAUUUCGGUUCAAAUGUCCGCAGCUCUGAAAUGCCCCCUGAAAAGAAACUUGCGUUUGUGAAAAUAUUCUCAGAGCUGAAGCAAACAGUUUUUUGGAAAUGGGAAGAUGAUAAUUUUGAUAUCAAAACCAAUAAUGUAGUGAUACGGAAAUGGUUCCCACAAAAGGAUGUAUUAUCGCAUCCAAACGUCAAAGUGUUUAUAUCACACGGGGGUCUCAUCGGGACCCAAGAGGCCAUCUUCCACGGAGUUCCUAUCAUAGGGGUGCCUAUCUACGCCGAUCAAUACAACAAUCUCCUCCAAGCCCAGAAGUUAGGCUUCGGAAAAAUCUUACAGUACCGCGACAUCAAUGAGGAUACGCUAAGGAAAAAUCUCCAUGAAGUACUAAAAGAUGAUACUUAUAAGAACAAGGCACAAGAAAUGUCUAAACGGUUCAAAGAUAGACCGAUGCCAGCUCUAGAUACAGCGAUGUAUUGGAUAGAAUAUGUUAUAAGAAAUAAAGGAGCCGAUUUCAUAAAAAAUCCAGCUCAUGAAUUGAGUUGGUUCGCAAACAACAUGCUUGAUGUUUUUGCUUUUCUUUUGUUGAGCUUUAUUGUUAGUGCGUAUGUUGUUUUUAUUGUUGUACGGGCACUUAUUAUAAUUGCACAAUCUUCUAGUACUAAUAAAAGCAAAAAAAUUAAGACGAAAUAAAAAAAAUCACAAACUUACUUAUUUUAUUAGUACCAGUCUACACAAGAGCCAUCUUACAUAAAGGCACUGAACUAACUUGCAAACAACAACAACCUUAGUGUAAAACAAUGUGAAAGCGUUUCAGCGCCAGAAAAGUUCUUUUUCAGUUUCAUAGAUGGCGUUUUUUUAAAUUCGAAUAUAAAAUGAACUUUUAAAUACCUACAUAAUAUUUUUUCCUGUGAAAGAAUAUUUAAUUAUAACUACAACGUUACGUUAUAAUUACAUUUAUUAUAAAUUCUAAUGCAUAUAAAUAGAAAUCAGCUGUGUGUUAAUUUAAUUUACUUACCUUACUGUCCGUUAAACUGUUAAAGGGAGAUAAUUAUUUUUCUCUCAUUAGAAAAUUAUUUUAACAUUUAAAAACCUUUGCAGGUGAAACCAUAACUCAUUCGAGCAGGGUUUAAAAUGAAAAUUGCCUCCAUGUAUACUAUUUUAGUUGCGUAUGAAUAAAUCGGUAUUACGGCUGGAUAAUUAAUGGCCGUCGUAUAACUAAUAAGAGGCUCUACAAAGGCAAUUGUAGGUCUUUAGAAUAUUCAAAUCGGGAACCUUUGCCCUCGUAACGACAAUUGUAGUUAUGAGAGGGCUCGUUAUAACUCUUAGGCUGGGUUGCACCAUCUUACUUUAACUUGGACAAACGUCAAAAAUCUGUCAAACUCCAUACAAAAAACACCGGUUAUUGUUAAAGUUACGGUCAAAGUUAGGUGGUGCAACUCAGCCUUAGUGGCCUUCCGGGCCCGAAACCCAGGCCUUUUGUUUGACUUCACACCCGAAGGAUAAAGGUCAAUUUGAUUUAGAUAUUAAACGACUUUUCACUCAUUUGUUUGAUAACAAUCAAAGGGUUUGGUACGAAUUCAAUAACUCUUGGAAAAUUAAAAUUAGUUUAAGAGACAAAUUUGACUUCUGAAAUAAUUUGCUUCUGCGUCAUGAAACGUGAAAACAACUAUCGUUAAUUUGUUAAACAAUAAGUUACUAAUCCCAUUAUCACGAAAAAUGGCCUAUUCAUCUGUAAUUUAUUAAAAUGGUCUAGUCAUGAUUAAAUAUCUAAUUAUCUAACUAACUAGACCAGCUGCUGAUUUAUUAUGUACCUAAACGAAUACGGUAUAAUCGAUGCUCUGUAUGAGUAACAACGCUCUACAUAAGUAGAGACUUCUAUUUAUCCAAUCCAUUGAUUUCCACUAAUUUAUAUCAUAGGAAUUUCAGUAUCAAUGAAAAAAAUCGAUAUUUGGAACAACAAUGGAACAAUGAUUUAUCACCUGCAUUUCAUAAUUUCAUGUUUUUGUUAUACGAGUAAAA